UCCUUCCUUCAAACUCUCGACUCACUUCAAGGAAAUUGUUACUGUUCGCACAGACUGCUGGCCCGCCUUUCUAAAAUGAUCAGUGCACACGCUGUUGGCACUGAUCAUCCUCGACAGUAUACGAUUUGCUUUAAAGAGGCAAUGAAGGACAUACUUGUACUGCUGGUUCUGCUCAAUGCUCAAACUCUUAAGGUCUGCUCUCAGCCCUAUCAGGCAGACCCAGUUGGAAACUGUCUAAACUCAACGACAGAGUACCUGUUGGAAGGUUCAAACCUGUGCUGCAAGAAAUGCCCCCCUGGACAGCGAAUGACACAAAAAUGCUCUGAGACUACGGAGACUGUGUGUGAACAAUGCUCAACAGGCCAGUCCAUGGAGAGCUGGAACUACGCUUCCAACUGCUUCCCCUGUAUCAAAUGCAGAAAGGUCAAAGGUCUGCAGGAUGCUCAGAGCUGCUCCUCUACUGCAAUGUCAAAGUGCGUUUGCCAACCCGGGAUGUAUUGCAUCAUGGAAUUUAGUGACCCGUUCUGCAUGGAAUGUAGAAAGUACACGCAAUGCCAACUCGGUUCUGGAGUGUAUGUGCCAGGGACAGUCAACGCAGAUGUGAAGUGUAAACGGUGCCUGAGUGAGACGUUCUCUGACACAGUCUCCUCCACGGACCCCUGUCUGCCCCACACUAACUGUCAUGGGAGGGUGGUUGUCAGAAAUGGCAACGCUACCUCGGACACCAUAUGUGGCCCUGAGGCUUUUAUAUCCACAUUGUUGCCUCAAACCUUCACACAAGGGCCUCACACUGAGCUUGUGUUCACGACUACAAGCACAGUGAUGAGUACAGUCUCAGUAACCUCAGACUCCACAGCUCCACGUAAACCGACAGACACCACAUUGUCUAUCAGCCCGUCUUUUUCAGAGGCAGUGUUCAACUCUUCGACAAAAACCCCACCACCAAGCCCAGUGCCUGACAAUACACUGGCUGCAGUCAUUGCCGGUGUCAUUGGGUUAUCACUUUUUUUCAGUGUUUUCAUUCUGCUGUUCCUUUGUAAAGCAAUCCGGAAGAAAGACGGAUUAAGAUUUAAUUCUAAAGUCGAUGCCAAUGGAAAUUUUGAGAGUGGUGAUAAAAUCAAUCAGGAUUAUUUGGGGGAAACCCAGCUGAAUUAUAUUACAGUAGCCUCACCAGAACAACAGUGUCUGCUGCAAAGAAGAGAAGAAGCCUGCAGUGACCACAGUCAGUCCAGUAGCAACACUGAAACUUUGACCCCAACAGGCGGUUCCAGCAGCCAAGAGUCCAUCGGCCCUUUGCAAUCCACCGUAGCUCUUCACAAUCCACACUCUGCCCUGUCGGGGCCCAUGACUUUACUUUCCAAUACAGAGACUGUCACCCCGCAGCCCAGCGUCGCCACACAGUCCUCCUCUCAACCCACCAGCCCACAGGUCAUCAGCCCUGUGACCACCAGCCCACACGUCAACGUCAACAUCACUUUCCACAUUGAAAACAGGUCUUGUGGGACACCGUCUGUCAUGCCCACAGACGCGAUGCAAGUUGACUCUGAAGUCCCGUUUGGAGAGGAAGAGGAGUCAUUUAACAUCCCGCAUCAAGAAGCUGGCAAACAAUCACUGAUGUCAGUGCAGGAGAGUGAAAGUUGCAGUGCAUGAAGAGUCACCUGCGUGAAAGACUGAUUCAAUUCAAUUCAAUUCAGUUUAUUUUGUAUAGCCCAAAAUCACAAAUUACAAAUUUGCCUCAGAGGGCUUUACAAUCUGUACACAUACGACAUCCCUGUCUCAGGACCUCACAUCGGAUCAGGAAAAACUCCCCCAAAAAAUUGAAAAAACCCUUUCACAGGGAAAAAAGGGAAGAAACCUUCAGGAGAGCAACAGAGGAGGAUCCCUCUCCCUGGAGGGACAGAAGCAAUAUAUGUCAUGUGUACAGAAUGAACAGUGUUACAGAGUUACAAUUUAUGAAUAAUGAGUAGUAGGCAUGGACCACGCUCCAGAUUUCCACAAUCCAUGUAAACAGAAGGAGGAAGAGAGGAGGGGCAUUAGCAGGGCCAUGGCAGGAGGCAGGGCCGCGGAGGCAGGAGGCCGGGCCUUAAAUCGAGUCUUAAAUCUACUCUUAAAUGUGGUAAGUGUAUCUGGCCCCCGGAAGCUGGAAGCUGGUUCCAUAAAAGAGGAGCUUGAUAACUGAAGGCUCUGGUUCCCAUUCUACUUUUUAGGACUCUAUGAACCACAAGUAGCCCCGCAUUUAGUGAGCGCAGCUCUCUAGUGGGACAAUAUGGUACUACGAGCUCCUUAAGAUAUGAUGGUGCAUCAAUAAUCAAGGCUUUGUAGGUGAGGAGAAUUUUAAAUGUACUUUUUUAUUUUACAGGGAGCCAGUGCAGAGCAGCUAAUACAGGAGUAAUGUGAUCUCUUUUAUUAGUUUUUGUGAGUACACAAGCUGCAGCAUUCUGGAUCAACUGGAGGGAUUUAAGAGACUUAUUAGAGCAGCCUGAUAAUAAGGAGUUGCAGUAAUCUAGUCUAGAAGUAACAAACGUGUGAACCAGUUUUUCUGCAUCUUUUUGGAACAAGAUGUGCCUGAUUUUUUAGAUUUGCUUCACGUGAGAGUUAAAGGACAAGUCCUGGUCAAAGAUAACGCAGAGACUCUGUACUGUGGUGUUGGAGGCCAGGGCAAUGCCAUCUACAGAAACUCUAUCAUUAGAUAAUUGAUUUCUGAGGUGUUCUGGGUCUAGUAAAAUAACUUCAGUUAUGUUUAACAUCAGGAAGUUGCAUGUCAUACAUGUUUUUAUGUCUUUAAGACACACUUGUAGUUUACAUUUUCAUUUGUUUAUUUCUUUCUGUCAUGAUCCAACAUUGAAAACAAUCUGACAACAAGAUGCACACAAGGCAACCAUACAACCUUAAACCUUAAUUCUGUUUCCAAGUCAUAGCCAUCAACUUUCACUGUGUGUUUAUAUAUGUAUAUACAGUAAAUAAAGAUGUGAAUAUUGUCUUUCCUUAAGUGAUGUACUGCAAAUACAAGUAGUAGUCAUCAUAAGGUAACUUACAUGUCUACAAGAGAAUACAAUUUCAGCCCGUCCCCCAACUUAUUCCAUAUUAGAAUGUAUCCCAUAAUGGUUGUACAAUUUAGAGUAUUCAAACAGUGUAAUCAGCAUGUUUAUAUUGUAGCUGGUCAAUAUUAAACUAAUAUGAACUGCGUUAA